GAAAAGAAGAGGACAAAAGUAAACUCGAUUUCCACGUCAGCCAGUUGCGUCAAAACACCCCCAAAAUUUCAUUUGUGAAACCCUCCACCCAAAAUUCGCCCUCCCGUGCGACGCCUCCUCCACCCCUUCACCGCCAACCACCGGACACCAACCAUUCGAAGCCGCAACCGAGCAGUCCAGGUACGCCGCAGACAAUUGAAUCCCUCUCCUCCACACUUCAGUUGAAAAUCUAGGAUCUCUGCCUCUGUGUUGAAGGGCAGAUGGAUCUUGAGACAGAGAACAGAAUAGCUGCAAUGCUUAUGAGGGAAGCAGCAGAAUUGCGGCGACAAGCAGAUAAGGAAGGUGUGCGUGUUUAUCUUCGACAGCCUAAAGCAAGGUUUCGGCCUAAUUCACGGUUUCUAACUGCUACUGUUCUUGGGGUUCAACAAGCAAAUCGAGCUGUGGAAGUGGAUGAGAUGUGGCGAGCCCGGCAGAAAGAACAAGAGCUGGAUGAUAGGCUUAAAGGCCGAUCUAGAGAUGGGAGCAGUGGUGGCAGCAGCCAUAGGGAUCAUAACUCCGCAAGCCCAAGUAAGAGGCCUCCCAUAAAUGUCAAUGAUGCCAGUGCUUCAUGCUCAUCAAACGAAAGAGUAUACGAGAGUGGCGACUCAAGAGAAGAUGAAGAGCUUGAGAAGUUUCUACACUCAAGGGUCAAACGUGGCAGAGGUGGUGUAGGCCCAAGGAUGGAUGAAACGGGUCCAUACCUUCCACCAUGUCCAGAUUCCAGGGAAGAGCUGUCAACAAGCCCUGAUGUAUGGAAACGCCAUAUGGUCUAUGGACCCGAGAAGCCUUCUUCACUAAAGACGUACGAUUCUUCAGAGGAGGAGCUUCACAAGGAAAAGCAGAAGAAGAGAAAGAAGGUUCGCUCAGUGAGCUCUGACAAGCAGCACUCAAGGAAGCACAGAUCCAAAGAUAAGUCUAUGGAUAAGAAAAAGAAGAGCAAGGAUGAGAAAAGAAACAAACAUCACAAGUAAGGGCUGUUUUGUAUUGCGCUGUUGUUGUGUGUCAAAGGUCACAAGUUAAUUUUUGUCAAUUUGAAUGAAAAUCCUUAUUUGUACAGAGUUGAUUUUCACAAUUAUAGAAUUAAGGAAUUCAAUUAGAACACGUAGGAGUCGGAGCACUGUUACCCAAAAGAUGUAGAAUGCAUAUUGUGAUUAAUCUAACUUAAUUAGAUUUAAACUUUGUAAGUUUUAUGAAUUUGAAGCCUUAGCCAGCUGGUUGCUGCACCUGCAUUAAACUCUAAUGAAGCUGGCAACCAGCUACAUCUGAUCAUUUUUAGGGUAAAAUACUCGGUAUUUCUUGUAUUUUGUCUAAAAUGGAAUUCCCUUAUAAAUUUCAUUCUUUUGAGUAGCUCUUCUUAUGGCAAAUAAUAUGGAUGAAAA